AAUGCCACAAGUGCUAUGGAUUAGUCAACAGUGCUCCACCAAUGCUCUGUCCUGGUUCCUAUCCUUGCACUGAUGUUAUGUAAGAUGCUAACAUUUGGAGAAGCUGCCGCAAGGAUUACGGGAAGUUCUAUUUAUUUUUGCAACAUUUUAGAAAGUCUGAGAUUACUUCAGUUCAAAUGAGAAGUUUAUCUUUAACGAAGAGAAGUUGGAGUCUGCGGUGUGUCCGCCGCUUGGGGAUCUGAGCGUCCCAGCAGUGCGACCCUGGGCUCCACUCCCCCGCCUCGAGUGGGAGGCGUCGCAACUGAGCUGGGAGCUGCGCACCCGACAAGCACCGCCCCCGGCCCGCUCUCGGCGCCGCGCAGUCAUGCCCCACGCAGCGCUGUCCUCGCUCGUGCUGCUGAGCCUCGCCACUGCCAUCGUCGCCGACUGUCCUUCAUCUACCUGGGUCCAGUUCCAAGGCAGCUGUUAUGCUUUUCUUCAAGUAACCAUCAAUGUGGAAAACAUAGAGGAUGUCAGAAAACAGUGCACUGACCACGGGGCAGACAUGGUAAGCAUACACAAUGAAGAGGAAAACGCGUUUAUACUGGACACUUUGCAAAAGCGAUGGAAGGGUCCAGAUGAUCUCCUGCUAGGCAUGUUCUAUGACACUGAUGAUGCAACUUUCAAGUGGUAUGAUCAUUCAAAUAUGACAUUCGACAAGUGGGCAGAUCAAGAUGGUGAGGACCUAGUUGAUACCUGUGGUUUUCUGUACACCAAGACAGGUGAAUGGAGAAAAGGGGAUUGUGAAAUCUCUUCUGUGGAGGGAACACUUUGCAAAGCAGCAAUCCCAUAUGACAAGAAGUAUUUAUCAGAUAACCACAUUUUAAUAUCGACUCUGGUGAUCGCUAGCACAGUAACUCUGGCAGUUUUGGGAGCGAUCAUUUGGUUCCUCUAUAGAAGAAACGCGCGCUCUGGCUUCACCUCUUUUUCACCUGCACCACUGUCACCUUACAGUGAUGGCUGUGCCCUGGUAGUUGCAGAAGAAGAUGAAUAUGCUGUUCAGCUGGACUAAGAGUUUGGUAAUAUCAGGCCAGCAUAUUGAAUCCAUUGACAAUAAUUUCCUGUGCAAGGUUUUCAUAUAAAAACUUGCCACAAAAACUGAGCCUUUUAUGGUUAUUCUUAUAUCAGUAUUUUCAUGUAUUAAAUGUGACAAAACAUUAACCUUCUAAGAAAAAAUAUAUAUAAAAUAAAAAAUAUAAAAAUAUUAAGUUUCAGAACAGGAACCAUCCUGGAUCUAACUUACACGUUUUCUUGUGUAGUUUUCAUUUGAGUACAUGAAAGCUGCAAGUACAAUAAAGCUGGUAAAACGCC